AAGGACAACCAAACUGCUCAUCAAAACAUCAGGACUUUUUGCAUACCGUUGGAAAGACCAUUAAAUUAUUUUUUCAUUAACAGAUCAAAUCAGAUAAAAAUGGAGAAAAUUAAUACAAGUUCUCAAAGUCAAAAUACUGGGAAAACAUUGCUGAAGAAAGAAGGGACGGUUAUGAACGACCCAAUCCACGGCCACAUCGAAAUUAGCCCUCUCUGUAUGGCCAUCGUGGACACUCCACAGUUUCAGAGAUUGAGGUUCAUUAAGAUGACUGGCACGGGUUCUCUGGUCUACCCAGGAGCGGUUCAUACAAGAUUUGAGCACAGCAUCGGAGUGUGUCACCUGGCAGAAACAUUGUGUAGAACCCUGCAGCAAAAGCAGCCAGAGCUGAAUAUUACAGAAUCUGAUGUGUCAUGUGUAGCAGUAGCAGGAUUGUGCCAUGAUUUGGGCCAUGGACCUUUUUCUCAUUUGUAUGAUCAGCUGUUUGUUCCAAGUUUCAGAAGAUCUGCGAAACUACCAGAUUGGAAGCAUGAAAAAGCUUCAGUGGAUAUGUUAGACUACAUUAUAAAGGUGAACAACUUGAUGCAUCUCUUCAGUGAUGAGGACCUGAUAUUCAUCAAAGAGCAGAUCAUGUCACCUACAAACAAAGAUUAUCAGGGAAGAGGUCAGGACAAGUUGUUCCUCUACGAGAUUGUAGCCAAUAACCGAACUGGGAUCGACGUGGAUAGGUGGGAUUAUUUCCUCCGCGAUAGUUACUAUUUGGGAUUGAAAGUUUCGUUCGAUCCCGGUCGUCUGCUCAAGUUUGUCAGGGUUAUCAAUGUUGACGGAGAGAAACAGAUUUGUGCCAGGAACAAGGAAGCGGACAACCUGUACGAGAUGUUCCACUGCAGAAGCACUCUCUUCAAACAAGCCUACCUCCAUAAGACCACCAUCAUUCAUAAUUACAUGAUUUGUGAAGCACUGAGACUGGCAGAUGAUCACCUCUCUUUUCCAGGCACCAAUGGAAAACUCUACAAGAUGUCUGAAGGCAUGAACGACAUGGAAGCUUUUUGGAAGAUGACGGACGACAUCAUCCUGCAAAUCCUCCACUCCAGCAGGCCAGAACUUUCCAGAUCAAGAGAGUGGAUUAAGAGAGUCUUUUCGAGGGACCUACCUAAAAUUGUUGGAGUCAUAAAAGAGUCUGAUAAUCCAAAGUUGAAAUGGAGUGCUGACUGGAUUCACGAACAGCUCGUCAUAGAGAGCGCCCUGUUGAAGAAGGACCUGGUUGCUGAUGAUUUCAUUGUUGUCAAACGUUCUUUUAACUAUGGGAUGAAGGAAAAGAAUCCGCUUGAAAACUGCAUGUUCUACGGUAAACGUGAUCCAGAUGUGGCCUAUAAAAUUACUAAGGAACAAGUCUCACCAUUUUUACCCGAAAAAUUUCACGAAGUCCAGUACCUGGUCUACUGCAACGAGGAGGAGAAACAAAGUUUGGCCAAUGAUGUCUACGGGGCCUUCUGUCAUAAGCAUAAUAUUCUGAUUAGAAAAGGUGCUGAGCAGAUCGGCCUGAAGAUGACGCCAGUAAUUUCAAAUAAUGUUCUUCAAAUCAGUUAACCAAUCAAUCAAUUUAUCAAAUAAGAUAUAUACAUCAAGAAUAAAUUAAAUAAU